AUGGCCGUGCGCUCCCGCCGCCCAUGGAUGAGCGUGGCGCUGGGACUAGUGCUGGGUUUCACUGCCGCGUCUUGGCUCAUCGCCCCCAGGGUGGCUGAGCUAAGCGAGAGGAAGAGACGCGGCUCUGGUCUUUGCUCCUACUACGGCCGCUCGGCCCCUGGCGCCGGCGCUCAGCAGCCUUUCCCCCAGCCCCAGCCCCGGCUGCGGCCCGAGCAGUCACCGCCCCCUGCGCACCAGGAGCUUCAGGGGCCGCAGCUACCCGAGGCAGCACCCGGGGCUACCAGUUUUCGGAGCAGUCUCUGGCAGCAGCCACCUCCGCUGCAGAAGCAGCGGCGGCGGGGACAAGAGCCUGAGGGCACGACGGGUCUCCCUGGCGCACCAGCAUCGGAGGGAGAACCCGAGGAAGAAGAUGCGGGUGCGGCUGGACAGCGGCAAGGUGGCCGGCCCAAGAGUAGCCAUAACGGCAGUGGGGAUGGGGGCGCAACCGCCCCGAGCGCCAGACCCCGGGACUUCCUUUACGUGGGGGUGAUGACCGCUCAGAAGUACCUGGGCAGUCGCGCACUGGCGGCGCAGCGGACCUGGGCGCGCUUCAUUCCUGGCCGCGUGGAGUUCUUUUCCAGCCAGCAGCCCCCAAACACUGGACUCGGCCAACCCCCGCCACCCUUGCCUGUCAUCGCGCUGCCUGGUGUAGACGACUCUUAUCCGCCCCAGAAAAAGUCCUUCAUGAUGAUCAAGUACAUGCACGACCACUACCUGGACAAGUAUGAGUGGUUCAUGCGCGCCGACGAUGAUGUCUACAUCAAAGGUGAUAAGUUGGAGGAAUUUCUUAGAUCACUGAACAGCAGCAAGCCUCUCUACUUGGGACAGACUGGUCUGGGGAAUAUUGAAGAACUUGGAAAGCUGGGGCUAGAGCCUGGGGAGAACUUCUGUAUGGGAGGACCUGGCAUGAUCUUCAGUAGAGAAGUUCUCAGGAGGAUGGUACCACAUAUUGGUGAAUGCCUUAGAGAAAUGUACACGACUCAUGAGGAUGUAGAAGUGGGAAGAUGUGUUCGUCGUUUUGGUGGAACUCAGUGUGUCUGGUCUUAUGAGAUGCAGCAACUCUUUCAUGAAAAUUAUGAACAUAAUCGAAAGGGUUAUAUCCAAGAUCUUCACAAUAGCAAAAUCCACGCAGCUAUAACACUUCAUCCCAACAAAAGGCCUGCAUACCAGUACAGGUUACAUAAUUACAUGCUCAGCCGCAAAAUUUCUGAACUUCGUUACCGUACCAUCCAGCUCCACCGGGAGAGUGCUCUGAUGAGCACACUCAGUAACAGUGAAGUGAGCAAAGAGGAUCAGCAGCUGGGAGUGAUGCCUUCUUUCAACCACUUCCAGCCUCGGGAGAGAGAUGAAGUGAUAGAAUGGGAAUUCCUUACUGGAAAGCUCCUUUACUCAGCAGCUGAGAAUCAGCCACCUCGACAGAACAUCAACAGCAUCCUAAGAAAAGCUCUGGAUGACACUGUGCUACAGGUGAUGGAGAUGAUCAAUGAGAAUGCCAAGAGUAGAGGACGACUCAUUGACUUCAAGGAAAUCCAGUAUGGUUACCGCAGGGUAGACCCCAUGCAUGGGGUGGAAUACAUCUUGGAUUUACUCCUUUUAUACAAACGACAUAAAGGGAGAAAACUCACUGUGCCAGUGAGACGCCAUGCAUACCUUCAACAGCUGUUCAGCAAACCUUUUUUCAGAGAAACUGAAGAGCUAGAUGUCAACAGUCUUGUGGAAAGCAUUAAUAGUGACACUCAGUCAUUCUCCUUAAUAUCUAAUUCUUUAAAAAUACUAUCAUCUUUUCAAGGUGCAAAAGAAAUGGGAGGGCACAAUGAAAAGAAAAUACACAUUCUUGUUCCUCUCAUAGGAAGGUAUGACAUUUUCUUGAGAUUCAUGAAUAACUUUGAAAAUAUUUGUCUUAUCCCAAAGCAGAAAGUAAAGCUUGUCAUAAUCCUUUUUAGUGGGGAUUCUGGCCAAGAUUCUAGCAAGCAUAUUGAGCUGGUACAGGACUAUCAGAACAAGUACCCUAAUGCAGAACUGACCCUGAUCCCCAUUAAAGGAGAGUUUUCCAGAGGCCUUGGUCUUGAAAUGGCUUCUUCCCAGUUUGAUAAUGACACGUUGCUGCUAUUUUGUGAUGUUGAUUUGAUCUUCAGAGGAGACUUUCUCCAACGAUGUAGAGAUAAUACAAUUCAGGGACAACAGGUGUACUACCCCAUCAUCUUUAGCCAGUAUGACCCAAAGGUAACCAAUGAGGGCAGUCAUCCCACUGAUGAUGAUUUCAUCAUCUCAAAGAAAACUGGAUUUUGGAGAGACUAUGGAUAUGGAAUCACCUGUAUUUAUAAAAGUGAUCUUCUGAGUGCAGGUGGAUUUGAUACCUCAAUCCAAGGCUGGGGACUGGAAGAUGUAGAUCUCUACAAUAAAGUUAUCCAAUUUGGCUUAAGGCCCUUUAGAAGUCAAGAAGUAGGAGUGGUGCAUAUUUUCCAUCCAGUUCAUUGUGAUCCUAACUUGGACCCUAAGCAGUACAAGAUGUGCUUAGGAUCCAAGGCAAGUACUUUCGCCUCAACCAUGCAACUGGCUGAACUCUGGUUAGAAAAACAUUUGGGUGUCAGGUACAAUCGAACUCUCUCCUGA